AUGGCGUGGUCAGCGACGAACGCACACGUCGCUCUUAACGGCGGGCAAUAUAGCUGGAACACGACUGUAAAGGCUGAAACUGGGAGCUGGAGCUGGCCCAGGAGGCGGACAGGGCCUCGGCUAUCAUGCCCUCGUUCCCGUCUCAGGAGUGUCAGAUGUGUGCGCCCCGCAUGCACUCUCGAGUGCAGUCGACGAAUGCUGUGGCUGCAAAGAGCGCCUUGCAGCGGAGACCCACGUGCCUGGUGCCAAUGGGGACAGGCAUCCGCGGCGGCGUUGGCUGUCAAACAGGCACCAUGGGUUCAGCUGGCUGGCACGGCAGAUGGCAUAGCCACUGCUGCCCGUCUGUUGUUUCGAGAAGGGCGGACGGGCAGUUCUGGAGCCAGCAGUGGUGGUGUUCAUGCACUUGGGCCGGCCGGCGGCGCGCCAGUCGCACUUUGCCCUCCCAGCCUUGUGGAGCACCCGGUACAGCGGUUCGACCAGGCUAGCAACGACCGUGUUUCAAUCUGGCCUUGCCCGGCUUGCGGACUGCCCUGCCUCCGUCCCUUGCAACGUUGCAUCAGUCUGGCACAAUGCUGCUGGACGUCGGUAGCUGAAACGGCUCCCUUUUGUCCCAUCGACAGGGACGGCCGCACCUCGCUACCGCCCCCCGGUAGGACCUGGAUCGCCGCCGCUGACCAACAAGCACAAAAACAAUUAACAAUAUGCUGCACCCACGCUGCGACUGCGACUGCUGCUGGCUCCCACGGCGGCUGGACGUAG